AUGUUAUUGUGGGCGCAAGAAUGUCAGCCAGAAUUGUCGGACAAAAUUCAAGCAAUCUAUGAUUUUUGCGAGUGCCCGAGAAUUAUCGAAUAUGCAGACAAAUUCGGAUAUUGGCAAGAAGCUGUCAUGGCUGUGAGACAUACUUUGGCUACGGCUGCCAAAAAUACAAAUGCUGAAGUAAGUAUUUUGAAUUUAACACUUGUAAAUAACUUUUUUAUAGAUUCAAGUUGAAGUCGUGGACACAUAUCAUUGCUUAAAGAAAACUAUCAAAGUUCGUCCAAAUGACGAUGUUCGAAAACUCAACAACAUCACGGUGAGUUUUUACCGAAUGGGAAUUUUUGAAACUGGAAUCAUACCACGCCCAGCGUCUCAGGAAUUUUUUUGUACGAGUUCUGCACCUUUUUUGUACCCGUUCAGCACUUUUUUGCAUUUGUACGCGUUCAGUUCCUGAUAUAAGACAGCUAAAAAAGACUGAUCGUGUACACGCAUAAGUUUGAAAGCGUACUUAAUAGGACUGAACGCGUACAAAUGCACAAAACGUGCUGAACUCGUACAAAAAAAUUCCUGAGGUUGUACCAAUUUAUUUUGAAAACCGGCGUUUUGAAAAUUUUUGGCAAGGUGAAAAAAACCUUUUUGGCUAAAAAAAACUUUCAGAAACAUAGGCAAAAUAAGCUCCUUUCAGGUCAAUUGUACAAUACCUGGAGCACAUGCCCUGGAACUGAAUUUCCUGUAAAAAUGUACAAACCCUGGAUUUUUAAAGCAAUACCUGGAAACGAGAAAAAGGUCUGAAAUUUCUCGAAUCAAUUCCAGAACGUGAUUUUUUUGUUCUAAGUAAUGUUUUUUUCCGCUACUAUAGACCUCUGCCAAAAAAUGAAAAACCUGAAAUUUAGAAUAUUUUGCACACUUUCAUCUGUUCACCUUGGAACAUCUUUUGAACCACAGAUUUAUCAAUUUGAAAACGUUUUUUGUGAAAUUUUCUGAAUCUCUGAGCGAAAAAACGCCAAAUUGUUAUCAGGUACUGUUCAAAAAUAAUCCAGGGUUUGUACAUUUUUACAGGAAAUUCAGUUCCAGGGCAUGUCUUCCAGGUAUUGUACAUUUGGCGAUGUCAAUUUUCGAAAUUCCUCACCCUGGGCGUGGUAUGGAAUAAUCUGAAUGCAAUAGUUUUUUUCAGAGUUCCUAUCACGCCAAGAUCACUUUCCGUCAACAGACAUUGCUGCCUGAUAGAACAAUUGCAAGUUAUGGAGUAUGUUUUUUUGCAAAUUCAACUUCAAUAGUCUUUUUUAAUUUUGCAGAUUGUCGAUGGUUCGCAGGUCCAGGUCGGCUCAUAA